GAGCCCGCGAGGUCUGGGGAGGAGGAGGCGAGGGGAGGAUUUACUGGGCGGCGGAGUGAGAAGGCCAGAGAGGACUGGCUGGGAGCGGGGGCCGGAGCGGGACCCCAGGGGGACCUGAGCGCCGUCGCGCCGCCGUUCCGGGCAGGUCCGCGCAGACAUGCAGCGGCGGAGGCCGGGCGCGCCCCUGGGCCUCGCCCCCGCGCGGGGGCUCUGAGCGCCGGCCGUCCCCAUGACUGCGCCCUGGCGAGACUCGCCGCGCUGAGCCGCCUCGGGACGGAGCCAUGCGGCGCUGGUCCUGGGCCGUGGUCGUGGUCCUCCUCGGGCCGCAGCUCGUGCUCCUCGGGGGCGUUGGGGCCCGGCGGGAGGCACAGAGGACGCAGCAGCCCGGCCAGCGUGCAGAUCCCCCCAACGCCACCGCCAGCGCGUCCUCCCGCGAGGGGCUGCCCGAGGCCCCCAAGCCAUCCCAAGCCUCAGGACCUGAGUUCUCCGAUGCCCACAUGACAUGGCUGAACUUUGUCCGGCGGCCAGACGAUGGCACCUCGAGGAAGCGGUGCGGAAGCAGGGACAAGAAGCCGCGGGAUCUCUUCGGUCCCCCAGGACCUCCUGGGCCCCCCGGUCCCCCAGGACCUCCAGGUGCAGAAGUGACCCCGGAGACUCUGCUUCUCGAGUUUCAGGAGCUGCUGAAAGGUCAGCCGCCCUGCACUGCCCAGAGUCCAGACGUACCUGGGCCCCGCGCUGACCCUGCUGGCCACCUGUGCCCUCCUCCCCACAGAGGCCACGAAGCACCGGUUCUCAGGGCUUCUGGACCCACUGCUGCCCCAGGGGGUGGGCCUGCGGCUGGUGGGCGAGGCCUUUCACUGCCGGCUGCAGGGCCCCCACCAGGUGGACAAGCGGACGCUGGUGGAGCUGCAUGGUUUCCAGGCUCCUGCUGCCCAAGGUGCCUUCCUGCGAGGCUCCGGUCUGAGCCUGGCCUCAGGUCGGUUCACAGCCCCCGUGUCCGGCAUCUUCCAGUUCUCUGCCAGUCUGCACGUGGGGCUGUCUCCGCAGACCACAGUGAGCUGCAGGGCAAGGCCCGGCUGCGGGCCCGGGACGUGGUGCGUGUUCUCAUCUGUAUUGAGUCCCUGUGCCAGCGCCACACGUCCCUGGAGGCCGUCUCAGGCCUGGAGAGCAACAGCAGGGUCUUCACAGUACAGGUGCAGGGGCUGCUGCAGCUGCAGGUGAGGCUGGGCUGGGUGUCAGCGAGAGGGCUCGGUGCACUCAGGGGCCGGGCCGGGUGUGAGCUCGGGUGCACUCAGGGGCCGGGUGUGUACUCGGGUGCACUCAGGGGCCAGGUGUGAACUCGGGUGCACUCAGGGGCCGGGUGUGAACUCGGGUGCACUCAGGGGCCGAGUGUGGGCUCGGGUGCACUC